GCGUACCAGGGAAGGGAGGAGAGGGUCCUUUCAGCAGGCCCUUCAACAAGGGGAGCUUGGGAAGAAGAGGGGGAGCCAGCAGGGAGGAGGGCAGGGAAGCAGGACAGCAUCCUGGAGUCAGGGCUCCAGGGUUGUUGGGGGUGCUUUGUUUUAUUUUGUUUUUAAAGAUGAAAGCAAUAACCACCUGUUUCUGUGCCAAUGGAGACUAUUUAGUACAAGUGUGAGAAGUGUUGAUGCUGGGGAUGGGGAUUUCUGAGCAGUGGAAGAGGGCACUUAAGGAGGCUGACAUCUCGGCCUAUUCCUGGUCCCCAAACUGUGUCCAUAGCCCUGUGGGGGCCAUGCUGGCCCUUGGUGCUGCCCUUGGGUAGGUGAGACAGGAAAGCACCCAGAGCACCAGUGGGGAGAGUCAGCUGGGGAGAGGGGCGAAACCACUGCCAGGCGGUCCUCGGCAGGGAAGGCCCAAAACACAUGUGCUGAUGCUGAAAGGGGUGGCUAGGAUAAGGUGGCAGAGGUCUGAGGACAGAGUGGGAAGCAGUAUUUAGGAGGGAGGGGACCACAGUCCGAUUCUCCAUUGUCCCUUCAGGCCCAUUUGAGGUGACAGUCAGUACAGUGUGGGACUACCUCCGGCCACUCUCGGCUGCCUAGUGCAGGCCAGGAAGGCCCUGCCUUCACCUAGCCUUUUAGUUUCACCAAGCAAGUGUGGCAAAGAGAGGGAGGGCUUGAAGGGGGUGAUUAUAAUUCUUGAUCUUUAAACUGUCAAAGGAGAGGGUGCGACAUCCAGGGCACAGGGACAGCCAGAGGGUGGUGGGGUCAGGGGGUGUGGGGUAGCACAGGGCAGGGAGGCCUGCUAGCAUUGAGGUGCUGGAGGGAGAAAGUCAGAGAGGCAGAGUGGACUGUGAAACUGAACUGGUGAAGGAAGCAGUUACUUCCAUGACAAAGUCUGGAGAGGAUCAUGGGAGCAGGUGGCUGAGGGCAGGCGAAGGGCAAGGUUGGGUGAGGGGAGGAGAUUGAGGGUUCCACAGGUCAGGUGUCCUUGGGGACCCCAUGUGGAUGGUGACAUCACCCAUAGUUCAGGCAGGUGAGUGUUGGAGAAAGUGACAGAAACCAAGAAGUGAACUUUUCAGGACUGGAGGCAUGACCCAGAUGUCCUUCAAUACAGGCAGCUUAGAGCAGGAGUAUUGCAGAGAGGGGAGAAGGAGAAUGGUCUGGAAGUGGCAAAGAGGGCCCACCCUCCUCCAGGUCCUCACCUGAGAGAGCUGUGGUGUCCACAGGGAAUGGCAGGAGGACCGUGAUCAGUGUUAGAAAGAGUGGGCACAUGGAGGCACCAGAUUACAUGGGACGGGGGAAGGUAUGUGGGGCAGGAGAAGAGUCCCUAAAGGGCCUGACCUGUGAGGGGCAGCCCCAGGACAGCUUGGGCUGGGCAGAGGGCAGCCAGGGGUUCCAGGAUGGACCAGGUGGGAGCCAGGGCAGUCUAUCCUCUCCCUCCAGGGCCCAUCUGAUCACACAGGCCAGACUGCUAACCAUGGCCUAGACCAAGGACGCCCUUGGAGCCCAUGGAGCUAAGGCCUGACACCAGCCACAAAGAGAAUGUGCCCCCAAGGCAUGGGGCACCCCUGAGGCCAGCACAACAGCGAUACCUGAAGAGCCUGGGCAGUGGACAUGGCCAAUGGGUGCCCACAUGCCAGGCCAAGAGGGGAGGGUCUGCUGCCACACCCUCUCCAGGGGCAUUGCUGCGCCAGGAGCCCUGCCGAGUCCAGACCAAUCUGGCCAACCCUGGUCUCCGCCGGGGCCUAGUUCUGAAGGACACAACUGGCCCACUGGUCAAUUCAAGUUUCCGGCAACAGAGUAACCUGCAGUCCCCAGCUGGGAGGCCCUGGGGGAAGACCCGAGAGUUUGCUGUCCAGCAGACUAACCUGAGCAGAAGCGAGACCACCAGCCCUGGCCUCUGGCCAAAGCCUCAGGAGAAUUUUAGGCCACAAGGGCCACUGGCUUCCCCAUCUCCCAGCCUGAGACAGUCCAUGCUGCUGGCCACAGAUACCCGGAGCCUGGACUUCAGGCCCGCUGCAGGCUUUGCUCCUCUCAAUGGGUACACACAGCCAGGCUCCAGAUGCUGCCAUGGCCUGGGGAACUGGACCUCCAGGCUUAAGGGGAAACCCCUCACCCUGGAGGACCUGGCUGUCCCUGCUCAGAGUCAAGCUAGGACCCCAUCCCACACUGCCAUCCACCAGCUGCUGGCCUCUGUACAAUCCCUAGAGCAGGUGGCAGCCCAGCUCAGGAGCAGGGCAUCCCGGGAGCCCUCAGGUACUGCACAGCAGGACCUCUGGGCCAGCAGUGGCCAAGCCCUGCAGCCCUGCCAGCCUGUCCUUGCUUCUGGGGUUAAGAGGAAGAGACAUCCCCCAGGCCACAGGGAAACUGGACAUUUUCUUGAGACCUGGGUGGGUCAGGCUGUUCUCUCAAACCCUUGCACACACAGCAAGCCAGAAGCUACUUUGGGGAUGCUGACUAGGGAUUUCCUUGAUCCUGAGCAGGGGCCCCUUCCUGCCCACUCCCUAAGGCCCCAGGAGAACCACUCCCCAGGACCUGCAUGUGACAAGGUACAGAGGGGCCACCCCCAGCUCCCUCAAGAGGUGAGCAGCAGGGAGGCCAGACAUUGUACUUCAGCCUUCUCCAGUGCUGCCCCAGGGAGCCUACCUGGCUGGAAGGGUGGAGACAAAGUCUCAAGGGAGCUGGCCAGCAGGGAGGAGAGGAUGGCAGCCCCAGUGAGAAGCACCCCACAGAGCAAGGCCCAAACCACUGUGACUCUGGAUUCUGAGGCAGCUCGCCGACAGCUGUCAUCCAGAUGUUUCAGAGUCUGGAGGCACUUGGUACAGAGGCGGAGGGCCUUGGCAACAGAGGUGGCCCUGGUCCGGCGGAAGCUAUUACGAAAAGGCCUUCAGGCACUGCGGUGGGGUCUGUGGCUCCGGGAGGCCCAGCUGGAGACGGCAUGGGGGCGAUACUUGAAGGUCCUGCUGGCCCGCAGCUUCCGAGAGUGGAGAAAGCUGGCUCUGCAGCGGGAACAGGGGCAGUACCCCGUCCAGACUGUGUCAAGACUCCCAUCCUCCAGGGAAGGCCAGAAGCAGGGCCCCUACCUGGGAAGGAAGGCAGUGGUGGACACUGCCCAGAGGAGCAGCUGCAUUCCUAGCCCAGGCAGUCUGAGAGAAGAGGAGGGAGCCCGGCGUAUUCUGUCCCAUUCUGGGCAGAGACCAGAUGGUGGAGACAGGAGAGUCCAGACACUGCAGGCCCUACAACAACUGGCUGUCUUCCUCCUAUGGUGCUAUCACGAAGAACAGGCCAGGCAGGAGAGGGGGACCCAGGGGGAGGCCACUGGGACCAUACAGAAGAUCCUCCAGGCCUGGCACUAUCAUGCCGUACGUGCAGUCCGGGUGGCCCAACUAGACCCUCAGCACUGGAAAGCCUGGCUGUGCAGGUGCUUUGGGGCCUGGCAGCAGUUCGUACAAAGAGAGUCUCGAUGCCGGGACCACCUGGCUGACCGUCGAGUGGGGACCCUGAGGACAUGCCUGGGACACUGGGUACAGAUGAAGCAGCUCUCGGCCUCAGAUGGGGCAAAGGUGACCCAGCUAUCCCUCUGCCUGCAGAAGGCAGGGCAUGUGGCCUUCCACUCAGCCCCUGGACCUGCCACAGCCCGUGGCCUGGGGGCAGUGGCCCCAGCACAGAGGCUGUCCUGGGAGCAAGGUGGAGGCUCCCUGCAGGAAGCCUGCCGGAGACUGGCCCUCCACCGGGUGCUGCUGCUCUGGAGGACGCGGCUCUCCCAGUGCCAGCAGGCCAACUCCUUCUUCCAGGGCAUACAGCAGCAGAGGUUGCGAUACAUCCUGAGGCAGUGGCGCUGGAGGGCGUGGAGUCCGGAUACCCCGUCAGGCUCUGCUGGGACCACCUUGGCCCUGGAGUCACUGGGCAGUGUCCUGGGAGGGCAUCUCUCUCUGGGCUGCAGCACACCAUACAUUCUGCUGGUGAAGCUCAGGGCCCCUACCCUCUAGAGACCCUCUGUGCUCCGGGUGAGCUGUCUGUGGGCAGCUGGACAGCAGCAAGGAUUGCGCCUUUUGCUUUAGCAGGCACAGGCCCAGCAGUCCCCGGGUGUAGUGAGGUGGCACCAGCGCACCCUCCAGAGGCGUGUCCUCCUCAGCUGGAGUCACUGGGUCACAACCCAAGCGGUCCAGAGAGAGCGGGCUGCCCAGUGGGCCUGGGUUCAGAGCUGCAGGGCUGUGCUGGGCCUGUGGCGGCAGCGGCUGGCGCAGUGGCAGGAGGCAGAGCAGUGGGCUCAGGAGCGGGGCUGGCGACUGGCACGUGACGCCCUGUGCUGCUGGCACUCCCACUGGCACAGUGAGUCAAGGAUGGGGUUGGGGGCACUGUGUGUGACGAAGGGCCCAGGAUUCCAUAUCCUGCAGCAGAAUCUGGGGAUGGGGCACACCCAGGACCAGGUGGCAGAGCAGACCUGGUGGCUUGGACUCUGCAGUCUGAGUCAUCUUCUGGCCCCAGGGCAGCAGCUUCUGUGUGAAAAGUACCGGAGGUGUGUGCAAGUUCGCCUCCAGGGCCUACGGAGGGCCAUGUUCUGGGGCUGGCACCAGGCAGCGGUUCAUCGGAGACACAUGUUGGCCCAGCCAGAGCAGCUGCUACUACAGAGCUACUUCCAGGCCUGGCAUGAGGUUGUGAGAGACCUAAGAGUGCUCCCAGCCCAGCAUGGAGACUUCCAGCUGGUCACACUUCCCACAUGGCAGGAGGCCCAAGUAGCCACAGCGCAGGUACAGGAGCAGCUGGUGGCCCAGGCCUUCCUCGCCCACUGGAGAAGCCAUGUGCAGCAGGGCCGGGCAGACAGGCAGCUGAGGAGGGCCUGGGCCUGGCAGGCUUUCCAAGCAUGGCGAGUGGCCCUGGGCCAGCGCUAUGACGCCCAGCAACAGGCAGGAUGCAGAACUGGGGCUCUGGUGACCCUGCACUGGACACUGGGGAUGUGCCAGCGCAGCUGUGGCCAGGUCAGCAGAGCCCAUGCUGCCCGGCGGCUGAGUGCCUGGGUUCUAGAGGCCUGGGCCCAGUUGGUGGCCCAGGACCGUGUCCAGCAAGCUGCUGUCCCCCAGCUCCAGCAGGGUGGGCUCAGGAGCCUCCUGCAGACCCAUUGGGCGCCGUGGAGGACAGUGCUGCUCAGAGUGCAUUUGGGACCGCAGGCUGAAGCCCAGGAAGCCGGCACCACCUAUGCCAGGCCCCAGGCCGACCUUAUGCACUGGCCCAGGAUGGCCAGCUGGGGGGACCUCCUACUGCUGCUGGACACCCCAGCCCCUUGGAAGGAGACUUUCAGCUGCUGGACACAGGCCACAGGACCAGUGCUGCCUGGGCCAACACCGCAGCACCGCCUUGGUGGACAGAAGACACAGGAGACAUCCUGGGCUCCAAGCAACAGAGAGCAUCCCCAGGGCCCUGCCUUUCAGCGCUGUGGCUGGGCCCCAGGCCUGCCCCCAACAGGCCCAGGAGGGCAAUGUAAUCCUGAGCCCAGCGCCCUUAAAGGCCAAGGUUGGGUGCAUCAGAGGAGGCUGGGACUUCUGGCCAUGCUGGCUCUCGAUGCUCUUGGUCGUCAGGAGGAAGUACCUGCAGUGCUGGCGCCUUGAGGUUCUGCUUCGCCAGCUGCGGGCUUCCCAGCAGGCUAGGUGCCUGGCAGUGACGUGGCAGUGCUGGAUGGAUGCUCAAGGGGCUGAGCAGCUGGCACAGACCCUGCUCAGGGAACGGCACCUAAGAUGGGCCUGGCGGACCUGGCGACAGCGGAUCCUGAGACUUCGGGUGGCUCAGCAGUUACAGCAGCAAGAAGAAGCUGGGCCUUCGAGAAGUGGUAUCGGCGCCUGGCAGCUAGGAGCCCCAGGAGAGGAGCCAGCAGACCAAGACCCCUGAACAAGCCAGGCACCCCAGCUUGGAGCAGAAGGGAAGUUCGGAGUUCCCAGGGGCAGUGGACUUGGGGGCCCCACUGCAGCUGUGACUUGUUCCCACAGAAUAAAGAGCAGCAUUGAGCCCAGCUCU